AGAUGUGAAGCAGUUACGAAUAACAAAGAAGAAAGCAUUAUUUUACCGAUUUCUAUCCAAAUGAUGGACCAAAAUGAUUCCUGCGCGACGAUGAAAUUGGAAUUCUGCUUAAAUCAAGAUCUGGUCAGUGAAUUAGAAUCGUUUCCACCUUUGUCUUCUACUGCCAGGAACGUCGAUUUCGAGACUUCCAAGAUGCUCAAAAUAAGUCUUUUAAAUUAUGAUAAUAGAAAUCGGGCAGAAGUUUUGUGUUGGAUGUUAUCAGAAUAA